GUUGAGUGUAUGGGGUGAAAAAGAGGCAGAGAGAGCGGGUCGAUCAGAAGGGACGGAGCGGCGGAGCGCAGCGCAGCAGCAGCGGCAGCAGCGAGGACACUUCUCUCUCCAAACCACCACGUACUAUGCUCAUCGCUUCGCGGCGGCUCUAGAACAGAAGGGUCUCAGCUGAACCCAGACGACCCCAUGAGUCUGAUUUGGAGUAGGAGCUCUAUGUGGAUCAGGAGUUGAAGAAGGAGCUCUGAGACUAGUGGUGAGCUAGUCCCACCGCCCUCAGCUCUACUCGCCGUCCUCGGCCUCCUCCUCCCGUCGUCCUCCGCCUCAUCCCUUCCUUCCUUCCCGCUCGUUUCUCGCGGGGGAAACCGAGCGCCGCCAUGACUCUCUUGGCCUCUCCCGCCCCGUUCCUCCUCUCCCUCUUCCUCUUCGUCCUCCCGCUGCCUCCGUGUCAGUCCGAGUCCCAGCGCAGCGACUCCAGCACCAACCCCGACAUGAUGACGUCCCUGCCCUCCACCUUCCCGCCUUCCUUGUCCUACGCCAACAGCACCGCGCCCUCCGGCAGACAAGACAAGUGCAACAAGGUGGUGGUGUGCGAGCCUGGAAUCCUGCUGCCGGUCUGGAUGCCCAAGAACCCCGGGACCGGGUACCAGGUGGCCCGAGCCGUGGUCUACUUCGUGUCGCUCAUGUACAUGUUCCUGGGAGUGUCCAUCAUCGCAGACCGCUUCAUGGCGUCCAUCGAGGUCAUCACGUCGCAGGAGAAGGAGGUGACCAUCACUAUGCCAAACGGGGAAACGUCGGUGGCGACGGUUCGAAUCUGGAAUGAAACGGUGUCCAAUCUGACGCUCAUGGCUCUGGGCUCCAGCGCUCCAGAGAUCCUGCUGUCUGUUAUAGAGGUGUGUGGCCAUAAGUUCGAGGCCGGGCAGCUCGGACCUGGCACCAUCGUCGGCAGCGCCGCCUUCAACAUGUUCGUGAUCCUCGGCAUCUGCGUGUGGACGAUCCCCAACGGAGAAUCACGCAAGAUCAAACACCUCCGGGUUUUCUUCAUCACAGCCUUCUGGAGCAUCUUCGCCUACAUCUGGCUCUACCUCAUCCUGUCCGUCAUGACGCCGGGAGUCGUGGAGGUGUGGGAGGCCCUGGUGACCCUCCUGUACUUCCCAGUCUGCGUCAUCCUGGCUUGGAUCGCCGACCGCCGCCUUCUCUUCUACAAGUACAUGGGCAAGCGUUACCGCGCCGACAAGCGCCACGGCAUCGUCGUGGAGACCGAGGGCGACCUGUCGCCGAACAAGGGCGGCAUGGAGAUGAUCAUAGACGGCAAGUUCCCGCCGCGGGGGGGCGCCGUGGUGCCUGCGGAAAACUGCGGAGGCGGGACCCAGGAUGGCAUGGCGGGAGCCGCGGCCAACAAUGUCGGCGCGGGAGCCAUGGCGACCGGAGCCGGGGGCAACCUCCCCACCUCCAACAGCGCCAUGGUCAACGUGGAGAGCAGCAAGGAGCUGGACGAGAGCCGCAAAGAGGUGAUUCGUAUUCUGAAGGAGCUGAAGCAGAAAUAUCCGGACAAAGAGUUGGACCAGCUGGUGGAGCUGGCCAACUACUAUGCACUGCUGCACCAACAGAAGAGCAGAGCCUUCUACCGCAUACAGGCGACUCGUAUGAUGAUCGGAGCCGGGAACGUCCUGAAGAAGCACGCGGCCGACCACGCUCGCCGUGCGGCCGUAGUGGAUGAAGAAGCACCAGAAGAAGACGACCUGGGGAUCUGCAGCCGCAUCUCGUUUGAGAGCGCCCACUGUCAGUGCAUGGAGAACUGCGGCGUUCUCACGCUGGCCGUGGUUUGUCAAGGGGGUCUGGGAGAAAACACCUUCUACGUGGACUACAGGACAGAGGACGGUUCAGCCAACGCCGGCUCAGAUUACGAAUACAGCGAAGGAACGCUGGUGUUCAAACCUGGAGAGACUCGUAGAGAGAUUAAGGUCGGCAUAAUCGACGACGACAUAUUCGAAGAGGACGAACACUUCUUCGUCCGCCUGCUGAACCUCCGAGUCGGCGACGCCGAGGGGAUGUUCGAAAGCGACGAGGCCGGAGCGGCCCCCAAAUGCCGCCUGGUGGAGCCCCUGGUCGCCACCGUGACCAUCCUGGACGACGACCACGCCGGCAUCUUCACGUUCAGCGAGCGGCUGCUGAGGGUGAGCGAGAGCGUGGGCACCAUGGAGGUGACGGUGGUGCGCAACUCGGGCGCCCGCGGCACCGUCAUCCUGCCGUACCACACCGAGUCCGGCACCGCCAAGGAUGGAGAGGACUACGAGGAUGCCCGGGGGGAGCUGGAGUUCACCAACGACCAGACCACUCAGACUCUGCAGGUGAGGAUUAUAGACGAUGAAGAGUAUGAAAAACACGAAAACUUCUUCAUCGUGUUGGAGGAGCCUCGCUGGCUGAAGAGAGGGAUCUCAGCUCUGCUGCUCAGUCAAGACGGGGCCGAGGGGCAGAUGAGCGCUGAGGAGGAGGAGGCCCGGAGGAUAGCGGAGAUGGGGAAGCCCAUCCUGGGAGAGCACAGCCGCCUGGAGGUGGUCAUCGAGGAGUCGUACGAGUUCAAGAGCACCGUCGACAAGCUCAUUAAGAAGACGAACCUGGCUCUGGUUAUCGGCACUCACUCCUGGAGGGAGCAGUUUGUGGAGGCGGUUACUGUCAGCGCAGGCGACGGUGAUGACGACGAGGAGGGUCGCGAGGAGCGUCUCCCUUCCUGCUACGACUACUUCAUGCAUUUCCUCACCGUCUUCUGGAAGGUGCUGUUCGCCUGCGUCCCCCCGACCGAGUACUGGAACGGCUGGGCCUGCUUCUUCGUGUCCAUCAGCGUCAUCGGCCUCCUCACCGCCGUCAUCGGGGACCUGGCGUCGCACUUCGGCUGCACCGUGGGGCUCCGGGACACCGUGACGGCCGUGGUGUUCGUGGCUCUGGGAACCUCUAUUCCAGACACCUUCGCCAGCAAAGUGGCCGCCAUCCAGGACCAGCACGCCGACGCGUCCGUCGGAAACGUCACGGGCAGCAACGCCGUCAACGUGUUCCUGGGCAUCGGCGUGGCCUGGUCCGUGGCCGCCAUCUACUGGAAGGUCAAAGGGAAGGAGUUCCGGGUGGACCCGGGCUCGCUGGCCUUCUCCGUCACCCUCUUCACCAUCUUCGCGUUCAUCUGCAUGGGCGUGCUGCUGUUCAGGCGCCGGCCCUCCAUCGGCGGCGAGCUCGGCGGGCCCAGGAUGUCCCGCCUCCUGACCAGCCUCCUCUUCCUGGGUCUGUGGUUCCUCUACAUCCUCUUCUCCAGCCUGGAGGCCUACUGCCACAUCAGCGGCUUUUAGAAAUAUAUUUAAAAAAAGAAAAAGAAAAAGGAGACGACGAAUGUCCCAGAAGAAUAUUGCACGGCAACACACACACACACACACACACACUUUAAC